GUCGUCGUCGUGUGGCCAACACUCCUCCUCGCCGGCCGUCCUCUGCAAUCCACCCAGCAGGCCAGCAGAAUGGGCUCCUCGAAGCUCUUCACGCCCAUGAAGGUCGGUCCACUCGAGCUCAAGCACAGAGUCAUCAUGGCACCACUCACUCGAUUCAGGGCAACCACAGAGCACGUCCACACCGAACUGGCAACAGAGUACUACACCCAGCGAGCGAGUGUGCCGGGCACGCUUCUCUUCACCGAGGCGACGUUCAUCAGUCCACAAGCCGGUGGCAACAAAUGUGUCCCGGGCAUUUGGAACGAGCCACAGAUCAAGGCCUGGAAGGACAUCACAGACGCCGUGCACGCCAAGGAGAGCUACAUAGGCUGUCAGCUUUGGGCGCUCGGCCGUCAGGCAGAACCGUCCAAUCUCAACAAGGAGGGCCCUUACCCUUAUGUGUCAGCAUCAGAUGUCGCUUUGCCGGACAAACCCAAGCCGAGAGCGCUUACGAAAGACGAGAUCGAGACCUAUGUGGCCGACUAUGCUCAGGCUGCCGUCAAUGCGCGCAAAGCAGGCUUCGAUCUCGUCGAGCUUCACUCUGCCAACGGCUACCUGCCCAACCAGUUCAUCUCCAAAAAGUCAAACAUCCGCACAGACGAAUACGGCGGCUCUCUGGAGAACCGCCUCCGCUUCCCCAAGCAAUGUCUGUCGGCCAUCGUCGACAAGAUCGGCCAGGAGCGUACGGGCAUCCGCCUGUCGCCUUUCUCGACUUUCGGCGACAUGAGUACCGACCAGGCUGACGACUACAUCGCCUUUAUAGAGUGGAUCCGCGACACCUACCCAUCACUGGCCUAUCUCCAUGUCGUCGAAUCGAGGAUCAGCGGCAAUGCUGACGUAGACAAUGGCGAAUCCACCGAUCCCAUGCUGCAUGCUUGGCGAGUAAAAGAUAAGACGCGUCCUUUCCUUACCGCAGGUGGUUACAAGGCGGACAGCGGAAAGCAAGUGGCCGACGUAAAGGACGUCGCCGUCGUCUACGGCCGCUACUUCAUCUCCAACCCAGAUCUUCCCCUUCGUCUGGCCUACGAUCGCGAACUGCAGCCGUACGAUCGAUCCACGUUCUACCUCUUCGGGCCUUCUCACGCAAGAGGCUACACCGAUCAGCCGUUUGACGAGUCUCUCAAAGGAAAAACCAUCUCUGCAAGACUGUAGACUACCUAGAGAAAAACCACGUUGUCGUAACAGAACACGUCGUACUAGACCAUCAGAUCAUUCGAGUCAUUGUGAAGCACGUCUGAGGAGCUCUUGCGAAAGCUUGCAAUGCUAGGAUGAGAAUACACAGCGUCUACGCAUUCGCUUCUGAUUAGGGUGAACGAAGCUUUGCCGAAAGGAUCGAAAGAUUGGCUUUCCGAGACCUCGCUUUUACUGGCC